AUGUUAGCCGUGUCAAGAACAGAUGCACAAGAGAGUACACCUUUGAUAUCAGAGUCCCAUGCCAAUACGCGUACCUCAGACGAGACGCUGGUGUUCCGUCAUGAAUUUGGGACACAAGACUAUGCGCGUAGAUUCGCACCAGCGCGAUACCUGCUGAGUGUAUUCGAGCCUGAGCACGAUGGCCCUAGUCCGUAUGGUGAAGCCUAUGGAAAGAUCGAUGAUACUGAGUUUGCUUCCAUGGUAGGCCGUGUUCAAGAUGCGAUCUCGUCCGGUGUGAAUCCACGCAUGAUCGCUGUAGGCACUAGUGGGUCGUAUUUUGUGUACGAGCAAGGAGAUCAUGACCAUAUCAUUGCAGGUGUAUUUAAGCCCAUGGAUGAGGAGCCUUAUGGCAAUCUCAACCUGAUUCCCAACUUUUCGUAUUUAUCUGAAGCAGGUGCUUCGUUCCUAGACGACCGACUUGCGCUGGGUAUGGUGCCCAAGACGCGUUUGGUGGGUUUGGCAAGUCCAUCGUUUUGUUACAAGUAUGCAGACCGCAAACAAUGGGAGAAAGGACUUAAACCACUGCCUGUCAAAGUUGGGUCGCUGCAGCAGUUUUUGAGCGGGUACGAAACAGCUUCGAAGUUCUUUCAGACGCAUACACUUCCUGGCCGACCGAAAGAUCUUAUGGAGCGCGUCUUGCAUGAAGACGAGGAAGCGCAUCGUCUGAGUCGGCGCAAGCCUGGGGCCCGUCUACGUUUGGCGUUUAUUGCUGUAAAACGAUUUUUACUCUGCCGCUAUGGCCCUGGUCCCUAUGGAAGUGCAGAAGAGGAUCGCUUCGAAGCAAUGGAGCCGCCCGUUCGGCAUAGCAGGAGUCAUGAGGCGUAUCCCAGCGCUACGAUGCAAAUGCCUGACACUUUUGAAUGGACAGCAGAGACAACUCGUGAUUUACGGCUUGAGCUCGAAAAGCUUGUGAUUCUGGACGUACUUAUGCGCAAUACGGACCGCGGCCUGGACAACUUUAUGAUUCAUUACAACCCGCAUCCCAAACCUGGUGAACGCUCGAUAACGAUCGGUGCGAUUGAUAACUCGUUGGCUUUCCCACAUGAGCACCCGAAAGGGUUACGUGACUACCCAUAUGGAUGGUUGUUCUUGCCGGCCGAUUUGAUGGGCGGCCCUUUCUCUCAAGAAACGCGUGAUCUUUUCUUACCCAAACUCACAGAUCCAAUAUGGUGGACAGGCACUAUGGAAGGACUUCGGCGUAUUUUCCGCCAGGAUAUGCACUUCCGUGAGAAAGUAUUUCGCGACCAAAUGAACCUCAUUCGUGGCCAAGGCUGGAACAUUGUGCAAUGUCUGCAGAGUGGGACAGAAGGCCCUAUUGAGCUGUGCUCUCGGCCCAAGUAUAUGGUACAAAGCAGAGUACAAAUGAUGAUGUACAAAGACUUGCAAAUGCAAUGCGUCACAGACUUUGCCCAAGGAAGUACCACGCAUCCCGCAUUCUACUCGCGCGAAACAGAGUCGGAGACCACCGUGGGAAGCGCAGCUCUGCCGCGCAAUAUUUACUCACGGCGUCGUUUCCACUCCGUGGACGAUGUUCGUAUGGCCAAAUCCAUGCCAGUUAUGGAUACACUUUUGCCCUCGUCGUUCGGCAUGUAUGACGCCAUGCGCAGUAUUGAUGUGGUGGAAAAGCUGACUAUACAACAGCAUGGCAGUCAACAAGUACGCUCGCCCCUUCAGAAAGCCGAAGCCCCGCCCAAGAUGCCACGUCGUAUGCAAUCCCUCGAUUUGGCGACCUCCGCGGCAGAUGCAAACCAACGACCUAUCCCUGUGUUGGUCGAUGAGCUCAUUCCUGUCACACGCCAUGCCUUGCUUACGUGGUACUAG